GUUUCAAAGACAUGGAAGAUGGGCCCACUUUUCACAAUAACCAGAAGCCGCCUUCACUCCGGCCCGGAGACCUGAAUGAUGGGCUAAAAAUCAGGACAAUUUCUGCAGAGUGCUGUCAAAAUGAAAGCGUUAGUCCUUCACCAGAUGAAGGAAUUGAGGAGGAAAAGGCUGUGAUUGAGGAGGAAAAGCCAGGACCCAUCCAGAUCGUCCGAGCCAGCGAGAGCGACUACAUCUUUGAGCUUGAUAAUGCUGCACUGGAGAAGAUCCUGCUGCAAGAUCAUGUGAAGGACCUGAAUGUGGUGGUAGUUUCUGUAGCCGGAGCUUUUCGGAAGGGCAAGUCUUUCCUGCUGGACUUUAUGCUGCGCUACAUGUACAAUCAGGAUAGUGUCUCCUGGAUUGGAGGCAACAAUGAGCCCCUGACAGGGUUCAAAUGGAGAGGAGGCUGUGAGAGGGAGACCACAGGAAUUCAGGUGUGGAGCGAUGUGUUUGUGGUUGAUAAGCCGGAUGGGAGUAAGGUUGCUGUACUCCUUGUUGACACUCAGGGAGCAUUUGACAGCCAGUCCACCAUCAAAGACUCUGCUACCGUGUUCGCUCUCAGCACCAUGACCAGCUCUGUCCAGGUGUACAACCUUUCCAAUAACAUCCAAGAAGAUGAUCUGCAGCAUCUGCAGCUCUUCACGGAAUAUGGACGGCUGGCAAUGGAAGAAACUAAAACGAAACCUUUCCAGUCCUUAAUGUUCCUGAUUCGAGACUGGAGUUUUCCUUACGAACACGAAUAUGGACUAAAAGGAGGAUGCAAGUUUCUUCGUAAAAGACUGGAGGUUAAAGCAUGUCAACAUGAAGAAUUGCAGAAUGUAAGGAGGCACAUCGACUCCUGCUUCAAAAAUAUCGCCUGUUUCCUGCUGCCACAUCCAGGCCUCAAGGUGUCAACCAACCCUCACUUUGAUGGAAGAAUGCAGAGUAUUCAUCAGAACAAUAAUCAGUUUUUUGUGUGUGAAUUUCAGACAUUGAUAGCUGAGCUGGUGCCUCUGCUCCUGGCCCCCGAUCGGUUGGUGGAAAAGGAGAUCAGUGGAAGCAGAAUCACAUGCAAAGAUCUGGUGGAGUAUUUCAAGGCCUACAUCAAGAUUUACCAAGGUGAUGAGCUUCCUCAUCCAAAGUCCAUGCUACAGGCUACAGCAGAGGCCAAUAAUCUGACGGCCGUGGCUGGAGCCAAAGAGUUGUACAGCAGGAACAUGGAGCAGGUUUGUGGAGGAGACCAGCCCUACAUGGCACCCGCUGAUCUGGAGCACUACCAUGCGGCUUUCGCUGAAGACUCUGUGAAAUAUUUCCGCUCCAUAAAGAAAAUGGGUGGUGAGGAGUUCUGUCAGCGCUACCAGACCCAGCUGGAGUCAGAGAUGGAGGAGGCGUUCGCCAACUUCUCCAAACACAACGAGGGCAAAAACAUCUUCUAUGCGGCUCGCACACCGGCAACACUAUUUGUGGUCAUGUUCUUCACCUACGUGCUGUCCGGAGUGACAGGCUUCAUUGGCCUGAGCCUUUUUGCCAAACUGGCCAACCUGGUCUUGGGCGUGGCUCUGCUGCUCCUCUGCAUCUGGGCGUAUGUGAAAUAUUCAGGAGAGUUUCGGGAGGCAGGAAUGUUGAUAGACCAGUUGGCUGAAGCACUCUGGGAACAGAGGACGGUCAGAAAGGUUAUUUCCAAACUUUUGGAGCCUGUCAGGAACCACCUGGCGUGGCCCCUCUCUCUGCUCCCUUCCCUCCCAUCAGGAGCAACACUUGGACUCAAAGCUCUGGUUCCUCUCAACAACAACUACAAGAAGACCAACUAGCUGCUGGCCAGCUGGUGGAUCUAAGACUUUACACUUUGCUCCCCGUGUAGAAACGUCCUCUUUUUUUAAUCAUUUCUUUCAAUCCUUUUGUUGCGGAUUCUUUGAUUUUCUUUGCUCAGUGUGGACUCCUGCAGAGCUGCAGCCAUUUGUGGAUCUUAAAA